AAACUUCAAAACUACGUUACGAAAAGAUCGACGAAUUAAAUAAGAUCUUUAAAAGGGCCAAACGACAACGAAAAUCAACUAAACAAAGGCCAAAACAAACUUUACAAAAAUUACAGGAUGAAUGGAAUAAAGUA